GUACUAUGUGGAUUUCAUGUUUGCAGUGGAGGACACCUCCUCGGAUAGACUAGGGUACUGAUUUUGACAGCGGUCUUUUACUGCUCAAUGAUAAGUAGUUGAAACUUUCAACCUUUUCGAAAAACUAUUCAUUUUUCCCACCGUUUUUUUCCUUUUACCGCGUAUUAGAAAACGAAAGAACUGCACCCAUGCGCCUGAGUCCAAAGUUACCGUGCUAGCCAACGCUAGCUACUUACUUCAAAAAGCUAUGCUUUGCCAAACUAAACUGGGAUUUAAAGGUCAACUCUCAGGUAGCAUAGCUUUCCUUUCGCUUAUCCUUUAAGGGAACAGUGCAUAUUUUCACCUGGUACCUUCGCUAGCAGCAUUCUGCUAGCAAUAUUUCAAAGAAAUGGGAUUACACCCUCUGGAAUUCAGUGAAUGCUAUCUGGACAGCCCAGGCUUCAGGGAGAAAAUCAAGUCACACGAAGCAGAGUUGGAAAAGACCAACCGUUUUAUCAAAGAACUCUACAAGGAUGGAAAGAAUCUUAUCAAUGCCACAAAGCAGCUUGGGAUGGCACAGAGGAAGUUUGCCCAGUGCCUUGGUGAAUUUCAGUUUGAGUACAUUGGGGAUGCGAAGACGGAUGAUGAGAAAUGUAUUGAUGAUUCAUUACUAGAAUUCUCUUCUUUUCUCAAGAACCUGGAGGACCAAAGAGAGCUUAUGAUGAGGAACAUUACAGAAACAUUGAUGAAACCCCUUGAGAAGUUCCGAAAAGAGCAACUGGGCGCGGCAAGGGCGGAAAGGAAGAAGUAUGAGAAGGAAACGGAGAAGUACUACAGCUCCUUGGAGAAGCUUUUGAACAUGUCAGCAAAGAAGAAGGAGCCUCAGCUCCAAGAGGCAGACAGCCAGGUAGAGGUCAUGAGGCUGCACUUCCAGGAGGAGUCCCUUGACUACGUAUGCAAACUGCAGGAGAUCCAGGAGAGGAAGAAGUUUGAAUGCGUUGAACCGAUGCUGGCCUUUUUCCAGACAGUCUUCACCUUUUAUCACCAGGGAUUUGAGCUUGCCAAUGACUUUGACCAUUACAAGCAGAACUUGCAGAUAAAUAUCCAGAAUACGAGGAGUCGGUUCGAGGGGGCACGGCUGGAAGUGAACGAGCUGAUGAAGCGGAUCAGGGAGGCGCCACAGGAAUACAGACAGACCAGUCCGAUAAGCAGCGAGGGCUACCUUUAUGUACAAGAGAAACGACCACCUCCCUUUGGUUCGAGUUGGGUGAAGCGCUAUUGCACAUUCGUCAAGGAGCAGAAGAUCUUACACAUGGUGACCUUUGACCACAGAUCUGGUGGAAAGAUGGGGGAAACCGAGUCGGUCACUCUAAAGUCCUGUGUCCGCAAAACUACAGACGUGCUGGAUCGGAGGUUCUGCCUGGACCUUGACAUCACAGAUCGUCCCGGGACGGUCCUGACAGUACAGAGCAUGUCCGAAGAUGACCACAAAUUCUGGAUGCAGGCCAUGGGAGGGAAGGAGCCUCUCGGACAUUAUCUUGGAAGGACCUGCUCCAAAGAAAGAGGAAUUGAUGCCCAGUUGGAUGACUUGGGCAUGGGCUUUGUGCAGAACUCGAUCAACGCCAUAGAGAAAAGAGGUAUCAAUGACCAGGGCUUGUACAGAGUGGUGGGGGUCAGUUCCAAGGUCCAGAAGCUCCUCGCACUAAUGAUUGAAGAGAAGAGCCACGAGGUGGAUCUGUCCACCAGUGAAGAAUGGGACGUUAAAACGAUAACCAGUGCCCUGAAGCUUUACCUGAGGAGCCUUCCUGAGCCAUUGAUGACCUAUGGACUUUAUAAAGACUUCAUCAAUCCUGCAAAGAGUGGUAGUCCAGAGUCUCGUUUCCAAGCCAUCCACUGCCUGGUCCACAAACUGCCCGACAAGAACCAACACACCCUGGGGCUCGUUCUCAAGCAUCUGGCCAAUGUUGCAGACCACAGUAAGCAGAACCUGAUGACCGUAGCCAACCUGGGCGUGGUGUUUGGCCCCACACUGAUGAGACCCCAGGAGGAAACCGUGGCGGCCAUCAUGGAUCUGAAGUUCCAGAACAUUGUGGUGGAGAUCCUCAUCAAGCAGCACCAGAAGAUCUUUGCAGGAGCCCCAGAAUCGUGCCCUGCGUCGGGCGGCCCGGUACUGCUGGCCCCGACCAGGCAGUCCAAGAAGGUGGCUCGCCAGAACAGACCUCUGGCCGUGUACAACCCCCAGGCCCUGGACAUCAAGAGUGCAGUCUCACCGGACGGAAGCAGUCCCACCCCAGCAGCAGAUGACGGCUCCACGGGUAGCAGUGAUUCGGUGGAGUCGCAGCCCUCCUCACACAGCCCCCCCCUGGCCACGCCCUCAGACACCCCUCCAGAGAAGAGUGGCCACACCCCGCUCUCGUCCCCCCUCAGCAACACAAGCACUGGGGGCGGAGCCUCCCGCGCCGACUCCGCGGGCUCCCGGGAGACCAACCUAACUGGCGCUGUAUCUUCUGAUGAAGCCCAAGCAGAGGAGAGCGUCCCGGUGGCCAGGAAGGCCGAGGCGGUGUACCCUUGCGAGGCGGAGCACGACUCGGAGCUCUCCUUCCUGAUCGGCGCCAUAUUCACCGGCGUGACCCCAUCGAGGGAGCCCGGCUGGCUGGAGGGGGUGCUGGACGGGAAGAGGGGCCUCAUCCCGGAGAACUACGUCAAGUUCCUGUAGCCGCUUGCUCCAAUACAAAGCAGGACGGAGCGGAUGGAGAUCCAGGGGAGCUAAAACCAAGAACGAACGGGGGGGCGGGGGGGGGGGGGGGGGGGUGACUUUGCUUUUCACCCAAACCUACUAUCAUUAUACCAUUGUAUGAACUCUAUGAACAAAAAUAUGGUGCCGCAAAUGACCGUCGUUUGUUGAAACCGUACUAUUCCUUCAAGGCACCCGUCGGAUUAGCCGUUACACCUGACAGCGUGCAUGAAGUCACUGGGUACACUACAAGGGGACCAGCACAUAGCCGAGUGCAUUUACCACACAUUUACGUGGCAAAUGCUAAGCUCUCACUCCGUACCAACACAGUCACCAGCAGUAUCCCACCCAACCCCAACGACCUGCCAACAUAUACAUGGUAUCCAUGAGUUGUAAGUCCCAGCUGAACCCCCCCCCCCCUACCCAACCCAUUGUCAGAAGAGUUACCUCUCUGUGAAAUGUGGUUUGACGACGGCCUCCCACUGCUAGUCCAUAGGAGCUACAACAGUCCACUCCCCCAGUGUACAGACCUCAGGACAGACGGGCUGUUUCCGAUGUGCCUUAACACAAAUGUGAAUGCAAGCGAUCCGCUAGCUGGGGAGUUGAUACAGAGGUCUUUUCGUUCAAAAUUGUUUUGCUUUUAGCUGUGGAAGGUUGCAUGUGCUGAUUUAACAAAGUAUACAUCGAUACAUCACAAAGCAUAUUGAUCUUUUAUUUGAAAUUAUUUAAUUGGCACACUGAUUGCAUGUCGCUGAACCGUGUACCAUUUGUCAUAUAUAUUGUUAUUUUUGUUUCAAUGGCACACUUUGCCACCGUUGACGUAUACACUCCGCUGCAGAGGGGGACAUUUCUUCAUAAGGGCUUCACCACCCUUACCCGUAGUUUGCUGUGAUGCAAGGCUGGUUCUUAGAUAUGCUGAAAGGCCUCUCGUAUUACUAGGUAUUUAAUGAGUUUGAGGAAAGUGUUAAGAUAGUUAUGACUGUUAGCCGGGGUUCAGCAUAGUUUGCGAAAUAGUUUUUACCAAAGGGUUUUACUGAAAUUCUUAUCUAGAAAUCCUCGUUGGACGUUGUUCUUUAAUGUUUGAACAUAAAAAUCUAAACACACGAUGUUUGCACAGUUACUUUUUUUCCAAUUGACUUGUUUAAAAAUCCAAAUUUGUUGUUUUUAUUAAUAAACAUAUGUUGUUUGGUUGUUUGUAAAGAGCUUAAAAUGCCAACUAUAUUACAAAUUACAAAUGUAACUUUUAUGAAAGUUUAAGGGUUAUACAUGUCGUCUUCAAUCUAUUGUCAAACGCUUUGUCUGAAAGUGUCAGUUCAGUGUUUUGUUUAACCAUUUCAAUAAAAAUGAUUUAAGGCUGA